AUGCCAGACAAAGACAAAUUACAGCGCAUCCACCAAAAUUGGAACAAGACCGUGCCUUGGGCAUACCUGGACCCUGUUCACCAGAACAUCCCACUGGCCGCUCGCGACGCGCAUCUCCGCCCGCCACCUCCACGCAUCUCCAAAGACCACGACAUCUUCAUCGGCAUCUCUAACUACCGCGACAUUCGUCGCUGUGGCUUCACGUUGUUCACG